AUAACCUCAAAAACAAAAUCUCACACUGGUUGCAUAACUCGCAUAACCUAAUCAUCAAUUAAAAUUGAGCAGUCAUUGUUAAAUGACUGCGAGAACAAUGAAUUUUCCACCGCUAAAAAACGACACUCUCUUAAAAGCAAUUAAAGGGGAGAAGAUUGAAAGGUUACCCGUUUGGAUAAUGAGGCAAGCAGGUCGUCACAUGAAAGAAUUUAGAGAUUUUAGAAAACAACACAGCUUCUUCGAGAUUUGCCAAACACCAAGUUUAGCUUGUGAAGUCACUUUAAUGCCUAUUAAAAGGUACGAUUUGGACGCUGCAAUUAUAUUCAGUGAUAUUCUUGUUAUUCCACAAGCUUUGGGGUUAAAUGUUGAAAUGAAAGAAGGAGAGGGACCAGUAAUUUCAAAUCCAGUAACAAUCGAAAAUAUGGAUUUAUUAAAUGUACCAGGAGCUGUUGAUAGAUUAAAAUAUGUAGGGGAUGCUAUAACGUUAACAAGACACAAAUUAGAGGGAAAAGUUCCGUUAUUUGGCUUUACAGGUGGUCCUUGGACCCUAAUGGGUUAUAUGAUCGAAGGAAAAGGAAGUAAAACCCUCUCGAAAGCUAAAAAAUGGUUAUACAGCAACAAGGAAUGCGCCCACAAAUUACUACAACUUCUAACAGAUGUUAUCAUUGAUUAUUUAGUGAUGCAAAUCAAAUCGGGGGCGCAAAUUGUUCAAAUUUUCGAGAGUAACGCCGAUUAUUUGAACGAAUAUCUUUUCGACGUUUUUUGUAAACCAUAUUUGAAGAGAAUAUCAGAAAGCGUUCAUUUAAAAUUAAAAGAGAAUAACAUAGAGGAAGUUCCAAUGGUUCUUUUCGCAAAAGGAUCUCAUUAUUCUUUAGAAACACAAAAAGAUUUGGGUUAUGAUAUGAUUGGGAUUGAUUGGACGAUAAGUCCUAAAAUACCGCGAAAUAUUUUAGGCUCAGCAGUCGCCGUUCAAGGAAAUUUAGAUCCUUGCGCUCUGUACGCCUCUGAGGAUGACAUCCGAAAUCUUGUUAAAGAAAUGAUUAAAGGUUUUGGAACGAAUAAAUACGUUGUUAAUUUAGGCCAUGGAAUUUAUCCGGAUAUGGAAGAAUCCGCUGUUGAAGUUUUUAUAGAUGCUGUUCAUAAAUAUAGGGUUUGAUAAAA